AUGCUUGGCCCUCAAGGAAAAAGGCCGGGCAAACGUCAUUGCCCUCUUUUCUUUGAACAGGACGACUACAUCAGACAGGAAGGAUAUCCGGCAGAGAGGCACACGGUGAUCACGGCGGACGGUUACAACCUGACGCUGCACAGGAUACCAUACAGCCGAAACGAUGACCUGUCGGCCAUCACGAGGAAACCAGCAGUGCUGGUCCAACACGGCAUACUGUGCAGUUCGACGGACUGGGUGAUCGCAGGACCCAACAGCAGUCUAGCGUUCAUACUGUCGGAUGCAGGAUACGACGUGUGGCUUGCGAAUUCCCGGGGAAACACGUACUCCAGAAACCACGUGACCCUAGACCCGGCGAGAGAACCGGAAAAGUUUUGGGAUUUCAGCUGGCACGAGAUGGGCACAAUCGACCUGCCCAACACGAUCGAUUACAUCCUGGACAAGACGGGCGAACCAGACUUGAACUACGUUGGACACUCGAUGGGCACGGCCAUAUUUUAUGUCCUGUGUUCGGAGAGACCCGAGUACCAGGACAAGGUCAGGUCGAUGUCAGCGAUGGCUCCGAUUGCUUACCUGAACCACGUCAAGAGCCCGAUCAUGACCUUCUUAUCGUCCGUGGCUGACCCGUUGGCGUGGUUGUGCAACAGUCUGGGGUACUACGAGUUCAGGCCGAACGGCAAGAUUUUACUGUUCGCGGGCAAAGCGUUCUGCGAAGCCAACUCGCUGGCCGAAGGUGUUUGCGACAACUUGUUGUUUCUGUACGCCGGAUACGAUUCGAAACGACUGAUCAAAAGCAUUCUGCCCAUAAUUUUAGCACACACUCCUGCCGGCGCAUCAGCACGUCAACUCACUCAUUUCGCUCAACUCAUGAAACGCGACCAAUGGUUCGGGCAGUACAACUACAACAAACAGAAAAACUUGGAAAAGUACGGACAACCGGAACCACCGGCUUAUGACCUGACCAACAUCACGGUGCCCGUGGCACUGUAUCACGCGCAAAACGAUUGGCUGUCGUCGAUGGAGGACGUCAAGGUCCUGGCGGGAAAGCUGCCGAACGUGGCCGAGAGAAAGGUCGUGCCGUUCCCGGAGUUCAAUCACUUGGACUUCCUGUGGGCGAACGACGUGAAAAACAUCGUUUACGACGACGUGGUCGGGUUCAUGAAGAGGCACGACCGGAAGUACGCGGACGUAGGGUUGCGGCCGUCUGCGGAAGUGGACGCGAACGUCGUGCACGUGGAUUACAUCGUAUCCGAUGUGGCGUAG